AUGGCACUAUUGAUGAAGAAGUCUACAUGUAUCAACCAGUUGGGUGAUGCCCUCGUGUUUGUCCUUGUUUAUGUUGACGACAUCCUCCUCAUUGGGAAUAAAUCUCAACAGGUCACCUCCAUCAUUUCUCAACUUAGUACCACUUUUGCUCUCAAAACUCUAGUCUCAGUUCAUUACUUCCUUGGGUUUGAGACAACACGGAGGGCUAAUGGUAUUUAUCUGUCACAAACCAAGUACACCAUUGAUCUUCUUAAACACACCAAUAUGCUUCAUGCCAAACCAUGCCCCACUCCAAUCAAUCAAAGCAAUUCCUUACACCUCCAAGACAGUAAACCAUUUGAGCACAUCACACUUUACCGAAGCAUAAUAGGUGCCCUCCAAUAUCUCACCCUCAGUAGACCUGACAUUGCCUUCACAGUCAAGAAACUCAACCAAUUUCUACAAGCACCUACUCAGAAUCAUUGGCAAGCAUGUAAGAAAAUCUUACGGUAUCUAGCAGGGACAGUUGGAGAAGGAAUUAAAUUCACCCCAGCUCAAAAUCUCUCAAUUGAAAGUUUCUGUGACUCGGAUUGGGCCAACUCACUAGAUGAUCAUAAAUCAACAUCUGGAUAUUGUGUCUAUCUCAGCGGCAAUCUCAUAAAUUGGAGUUCUCGAAAACAAAAACCAGUAGCUUGCUCAAGCACCGAAGUUGAAUAUAGAGCACUUGCCCAAGCCUACACCGAAAUCAUAUGGCUGCAAUCUCUACUCAAAGAAAUUGGAACAGCCAUACCACACCAGCCAUCAUUUGGUGUGACAAUUCAGGAGCUAGACAAUUGGCUUCCAACCCUAGAGAAAGUAUCAAACAAAGAGGUUGAAGUCAGGUAUGUUCCAUCGAGUGAGCAAACAGCAGACAUACUCACCAAAUCUCUAUCAAUUGCAAGCUUCCAUUAUCUACAGAGCAAGUUGGCUGUAGUCCCUUCACCACAGCACAACUUGAGGGGGCAUAUUGAAACAGAGCAAUCAGAGCAAUCUGAAAUUGCUCCACGAUCGAUUGAGGCUGCACAGGCUGAGGAGGCGCACGAGUGA